AUUCAAACGGCCGGGUGUACGUUCAUUUCUCUGCAAGUCGCAUGUGCAACAGCAUCCGAAUGUGAAAAGGUCCGCGUUAGAAUCGCAAGUCUCUUGAUAUCCGCACGAUACAAACAUGGCUAAAGAGUCGAUCGUGUUCUCGACAAUGGAUGACGAGACGGGGGAGAAGUUAGACGAGAUAUUCGGGACUAAGCCCAGUCUCGUCAAGGUGCAACCUAGCCGUUGUUUGUUGCCACCGAAAAUUAUCUUCUACGCGCAGAAGAUACGUGACAUGCCGGUGUACGAAGAUGACGUCUGGAUGAUCUCCUUUCCUCGAACUGGAAGUCACUGGGCACAGGAAAUGGCGUGGUGCAUCGGACACGAUUUUGAUUACGAGGAAGCUCGCACGAUCAUACUAAAGCGAAGUCCUACGCUCGAAGGUUCGGUUAUCAUGGUCAACGGGAAGUUUGACGAGUGGUUCAAAGAUCUGGGCGACUCCGUUGAAAACAUAAAGAACAUGCCAAGACCGCGGUACAUCAAAACUCAUAUACCGUGGGACUUAUUGCCGAGGCAGUUUCACGAGAAAAAGCCAAAGACAAUUUAUAUCACGAGAAAUCCAAAGGACGUCUGCGUCAGUUACUACCAUUACUGCAAAGUAUUCCACGGUAUGAUUGGAAACUUCGACGACUUCGCGGAAUUGAUGCUGCGUGACAGUGUGCCUUACGCACCGCUUUGGGAUCACGUUCUGCCUUUUUGGAAGAUGAAAAAUGAAGAUAACAUAUUAUUUUUGACGUACGAAGAAAUGAAACAGGAUCAAGUGGCAGCGAUUAAAAAAACAGCGGAAUUUUUAGGCAAAAACGUGACUGACGAACAAGUCGUCGGGCUUAGCGAACAUCUAAAGUUUUCUAAAAUAGCAGCAAAUCCAUCGGUGAACGUACAAUUGCUGCUGGGUGAUAACGAAGAGCUGAGAAAUGAUCCAAAUUCGAAAUUUAUCAGGAAGGGCAAAGUCGGCGAUUGGACGAAUUACAUGUCAAAGGAUCUCGCGCGACGAUUCGAUAAAUGGACGGAGGAACAUUUACAUGGAACCGGUCUAAAGUUCGAGACGGAUGUUAUGCUCGAUGAAGAAUAGAGCGCUUUAUAUUCCCCGGAAGUAAAACUUCCAUGAGAAUUUUUAACUUAGAUUUACGUUACUCAUGCAUAUUCAUUGUAGUCAUUGUAGUACAAUCGAAUCGUCACGUUUAUGGACAUUUAUCGUAUCUAAAAACACCUCAAAAUUCGUAAAGUUUUCUAUUAAUAUUGUAUUCAUAUUCGUAAAAAUUUUCUAUAAACGAUGCAAGUGUAAAUACAUAAAUCAUGCACUUGAAAAUGAUUCAUAAUCCAAAUUUUAUUUGCAAUUUUAUAUUCUAGAUUAUAUUUUAAUAUAUAUAUAUAUAUAUGUCGCAGACAAAUAAUAGCGAUUUUAGGCAAAUAGCAUCUGACUAGGCAAAUAGCAUUUACCAGGUUAGGUUAGGUUAGAAUAAAUUACAUAAUUUUUGUGUUUUUAAAGCA